AUGAGUAGUCGUUUCUUUCGCGGAGGUUCGGAGUCAGAGUCGGAGUCAGAAGAGUCGCUGACUUCUGAUGAGGAACUUUCAGAUGACUUAUCCGAAGAAGAAUCCGAAGAUGAAACCGAAAGACAACCCAUAGCAGCCGGAGCAAAAGGUCGAUUCAUUCGCGGUGUUGUAUCUGAUUCGGAUGAUUCUGCGGAUGAAGUAAAGCGGGUCGUAAAAUCGGCAAAGGACAAGAAAUUGGAAGAGAUCGAGACAUCCGUGCGUUCAAUUGAAAACGCCAUGAAGAUUAAUGACUGGGCUGUUAUCUCCACUGAAUUUGAUAAAUUGAAUAAGAUUUUGGCGAAAGGCCCUGUUAGUCCAAAAGAAAAGGAUGCCAAAGAGAAAGAUGCUAAAAAGAAAAUGAACGCCAUUCAGGCCAAGGCCAUGGUUACGAUGAAACAAAAAAUCCGGAAAAAUAAUAGGUUAUACGAGGAUCAGAUUGCUAAAUGGAGAGAAGACACUCCAGAAAGCUUGUUUCGGCGAUUGAGAGAAGUGUUGGAGGCUAGAGGCAAAAAGAACACAGAUAGGCUUGAGCAAAUCAAGACACUUCAGAAACUCUUGGAAUUUGCUGAUACGCCGUAUCAAUCUAUUCGCAAUAUUGACCCGCAUACAACGGAUUAUGUUGACCGAUUGAAGGACGAGACUGAAUUAUAUUCUACAAUAGUGCGCGGACAAAUAUACUUUGAACAACAUGGAUUGGAUGAUGGCACUAGUCGAGUUGUGAUGCGAAGAUUAGAGCAUUUGUAUUAUAAGCCUGAUCAAGUAAUUCAAACUGUUGAAAGCUUGGUCGCAGAAGGUCUCCCUGACACUUUAAAGUCGGAAAUUACUCCACCCUCGGUCACAAAUGACUCGACUGACUUGAUACAUGCACUUUGUGUAUAUCUAUAUAAGAAAGGCGAGUCUCUUCUACGUACACGGGCUAUGCUGUGUCACAUAUACCAUCAUGCUCUUCACAAUAGGUUCUAUACCGCACGUGAUAUGUUAUUGAUGUCACAUUUGCAAGAGACCAUCCAUCAAGCAGAUGUUGCAACCCAGACUCUACACAAUAGGACUAUGGUGCAAGUGGGAUUAUGUGCCUUUCGUGAAGGAAUGAUUAAAGAAGCACAGAGCUGUCUUCAGGAUAUUUGUGGAACUGGAAGGACAAAGGAGCUACUAGCACAGGGCUUGCAAAUACAAAAAUAUUCUCAACUUUCUCCCGAACAAGAAAAGUUGGAUAGACAGCGUCAACUACCAUUCCAUAUGCACAUCAACCUAGAAUUACUAGAAUGUGCCUACUUAACGUGUUCUAUGCUAUUGGAGAUACCAAGUAUGGCAGCUGCAGGUUCCAAUCCGGAAGCAAAGAAGAAAAUAAUAAGUAAACCGUUCCGAAGAUUAUUGGACUACAACGAGAGACAAGUUUUUAGUGGACCACCCGAGAAUACAAGAGAUCACAUAAUGGGAGCUGCCAAAGCACUUGCUGCAGGUGAAUGGCAGAAAUGCCAGGAACUUAUCUGUGCAAUAAAGAUAUGGGAUUUAAUGCCAGGGACAGCUAAAAUUAAGGAAAUGCUCUGUCGAAAAAUACAAGAAGAAGGCCUCCGCACAUAUCUCUUUACAUAUUCAGCCUAUUACUCUACUAUUGGACUGGAUCAAUUGGCAACCAUGUUUUCUCUACCCGUGAAUGCAGUGACUUCAAUUGUCUCAAAAAUGAUCUGGAACGAGGAACUGGCUGCAUCAUUGAAUCAAGUGAACAACGUUGUUGUGCUACAUCGAGUUGAACCUACCAAAGUGCAACAGCUAGCACUUAUGUUUGCUGAAAAGGCGGUUGCAUUUGUCGAAGCUAAUGAGCGAGCCCUUGAACAAAAAGUGCAAAGUGGACUGGUUAAUCGUGAUCAGCGACCCAAGGGUCAAUCCAACCAAACUCGUCAAAACUCAGAGAAACAUACUGCUUAUCAAAAGGGUAGUGGACAACAACAACGAUCUCGAAACAAUUUCAACAAUGUCUUGGGCAAUAGUGUGCGUGGUCGAACACAACAGAGUCGAUAUCGGGCAUAG